AUCACGUGACCAAACCAAAAUACACGUCCACGUUGACGUUUUACCAAGUCAACCGGUGAAUUUAUAUUUUUGAAAAUCAACAUGAGAACACUAAUUUUAUCACUUUUCGUAAUUUCCUCCGUAUUUUUUUACCAUGUGGAUGGUCAGGCCCGCAAGCAGGGUCUCACUCUGGCCGAACGAGUGCAGCAGCUCACAGACAUGUCCAACAAAAAGGCGGUGUUGCGCUUCAACGGCAACAAAUUCCGGGAGUUCGUCAAAGCAGCCCCCAGGAGCUACUCGGUGAUCGUGAUGUUCACAGCGAUGGCUGCUCAACGGCAGUGUGUGGUGUGUCGACACGCCAGUGACGAGUUCACGAUCGUCGCGAACUCCUUCAGGUACUCGCAGGGCUACUCCAACAAGCUGUUCUUCGCGGUGGUCGAUUUCGACGAGGGCUCCGACGUUUUCCAGAUGUUGAGGAUUAAUACAGCCCCGGUGUUCAUGCAUUUCCCGCCUAAAGGAAAACCAAAGAAUGCGGACACUAUGGAUAUUUCGCGGAUCGGUUUUUCGGCCGAAGCCAUCGCCAAAUGGAUUGCUGAAAGAACAGAUAUUCAAAUUCGCGUGUUCCGUCCACCCAACUACUCAGGGACUUUAGCUUUAGUGGUACUUUUUGCGUUCGUCGCCGGAUUUUUGUACUUGAGGCGCAACAACUUGGAUUUCUUGUACAACAAGUCAAUGUGGGGGAUGGGCUCGUUGUUCUUUUGUUUUGCGAUGGUGUCAGGCCAGAUGUGGAACCACAUAAGGGGGCCCCCGUUUGUCCAUAAGAGUCAGAGCGGGCAAAUAAUGUACGUCCAUGGGUCGUCACAAGGCCAGUUCGUCGUGGAGACCUACAUCGUCAUGGUUCUUAAUGGCGCUGUUGUUUUGGGUAUGAUUUUACUCACAGAGGCCGCGAGGGGCAAGGGUGACCCCAAAAAGAGAAAAAUUUUAGCAGUCGUGGGUCUUAUUUUGUUAUCUGUGUUUUUCUCGUUGCUGUUGUCGAUUUUCAGGAGUAAAACUCAGGGUUAUCCUUACAGCUUCUUGUUUAAAUAAAUCAAUCUUGUACAUUGAAAGACUGUGCAUUAGAAAUUUAAUUUUGUUGUAUUUUGUAUUGGAAAAAUCUUUAAUACAAAUUUGAAAGUUUUGAAUUUAA